CAGAGGCUUCGGAAAGAGAAGCAGGACUAUGGCUUCUGCAGCAGCAGAGGCGGAGAAGGGGUCUCCGGUUGUGGUGGGACUGCUGGUGGUGGGCAACAUCAUUAUUCUGCUGUCAGGCCUGGCCCUGUUUGCUGAGACGGUAUGGGUGACAGCUGACCAGUACCGCGUGUACCCGCUGAUGGGCGUCUCAGGCAAGGAUGACGUCUUCGCUGGCGCCUGGAUCGCCAUCUUCUGCGGCUUCUCCUUCUUCGUGGUGGCCAGCUUUGGUGUGGGCGCGGCGCUCUGCCGCCGCCGGUCCAUGAUCCUCACGUACCUGGUGCUCAUGCUCAUCGUCUACAUCUUUGAGUGCGCCUCCUGCAUCACAUCCUACACUCACCGAGACUAUAUGGUGUCCAACCCAUCCCUGAUUACCAAGCAGAUGCUGACCUUCUACAGUGCAGACACGGACCAGGGCCGGGAACUGACUCGUCUCUGGGACCGCAUCAUGAUUGAGCAAGAGUGCUGUGGCACAUCCGGUCCUAUGGAUUGGGUGAACUUCACCUCGGCCUUCCGGGCAGCCACCCCGGAGGUGGUGCUCCCCUGGCCCCCAUUGUGCUGUCGGCGGACAGGCAACUUCAUUCCCCUCAAUGAAGAAGGCUGCCGCCUGGGCCACACAGACUACCUGUUCACCAAGGGUUGCUUCGAGCACAUCAGCCAUGCCAUCGACAGCUACACAUGGGGCAUCUCGUGGUUUGGGUUUGCCAUCCUGAUGUGGACGGUGAGAGCUGCCUGUGAUGCUGAUGGCCAUGUAUUUCUACACCACGUUGUGAGGGACAGGAAGGCCACAUACACGCCUCGGCCUCUUCCUCCUCCUGUUCCUGUCUCCUCCGGCCGCGGACUGGAUGGCUGCCUCAGCUCUCCCCUUCCCACCUCCCUCAAGCUUCCCUCCUUCCUCACCAAAGACCUUUUCCCAGGUUUCUGAGCCCUGCUGGGACUUGGAGGUGCCCCGAAACCCUGGGACAUGUGUGCGUGGGCCCUUAGCCCUUGACGUCAUUUCACUUUGCUGAUUCCUGGCCCAUCUUUCAGUGUCAAUUUCAAAGUCCUGUCCUCCGGGGACCCUUCCGGGAUCCCACCCACCCCAUCACCAAUGCCUCUCUUAUAGCUCCCCAAGCUCCUCCUUCAUGGUAGAUGUUGGCCCUCAUUGCUAAAUAGUUUGGGGUUGUUUAUUCUCUGGUGGACUAGGGUCACCAGGAAGGGAGGAACAAGCUCUGUCAUGGUCACUGUAUUGUCCCCAGCAUCACCCAGCAGAGGGCUGAGAGUGGAUAUUCAAUAAAUACUGGUUGAAUGAA